GUAAAGAAGAAACGCGAGGGUAUUAAAGGACUUUCACUGCAAACUCCUCAGCCCCGGCAGAGUCGCGUAUGUCUGGUGUCUUGACAAAUAAAUUCUCCGUCUUCUCAACGCCAGGGUUGAAAUAACUGCAACUUAUUUCUGUUUCAGCACACACCCGCCAGUGAGCGCACGCAGCCAUUCAGAUGUUGGGAGACAAACCUCGCGGUGUUAUCUUGAACGUGAUGGAAUACACGUAUGACGAAGACCUGGAAGAGCUGUGUCCUGUGUGUGGAGACAAAGUGUCUGGGUAUCAUUAUGGUUUACUAACCUGCGAGAGCUGCAAGGGCUUCUUCAAGAGAACGGUGCAGAACAACAAGAGAUACACGUGUGCGGAGAACCAAGAGUGUAAAAUAGACAAGACACAGAGAAAGAGGUGUCCUUUCUGUCGAUUCCAGAAAUGUCUGAAUGUCGGGAUGCGGUUGGAAGCGGUGCGAGCGGAUCGCAUGCGUGGAGGGAGAAACAAAUUUGGCCCCAUGUACAAGCGAGACAGGGCCUUGAAGCAGCAGAAGAAAGCGCUAAUACGAUCAAAUGGCUUCAAGCUGGAGAACGGCGUUCCACCGCAGUCGGUUUCCCCGCUGCAGGUCGACUACGGUUUAAUCAACACCAUUCACUCCCUCCCCACGAUCUCUAAAGGUGCGCCGCCUCCCAUUCCAAUCUCAGACUACGAGGCCAACCUCUGCGGAGCCACUGCUGUAGGGAUGACCAUGCAGCCCCACUUGGCCCUCUCAUCUCAGUACCAGCCCACGGCCUUCGCCAGCAGAGCCAUCAAAGCCGAGUGCCCUGAUCACACGAGCUCACCCGAGUCUCUUAUAGGAUACUCGUACCCAGACGUUUACCCUGCCACUGCCUCACCGCAGCUGCCCGGUCUGCCACCACUUGUACUGGAGCUGCUUGGCUGCGACCAGGACGAACUGAUGGUGCAGAAUAAGAUCAUUGCUCACCUCCAACAAGAGCAGGGCUGCAGCCGUGGCCGACAUGACAAGAGCAGCACAUUUAGCCAGAUGUGUCGAAUGGCAGACCAGACUCUCUUCUCCAUAGUGGAGUGGGCCCGGAGCUGCGCCUUCUUCAAAGAGCUUAAAGUUGGAGAUCAAAUGAAACUUCUCCAUAACUGCUGGUCAGAACUUCUGGUGUUGGAUCACAUUUUUAGACAAGUGCUGCAUGCCAAGGAAGACAGCAUUCUGCUGGUAACCGGCCAGGAGAUCAAGCUGCCAUUGAUCCUAGAUGAAGUUGAUGCAACCUUGUCCAGUCUGGUUCAAAAAGGACAAAAUUUGGCCAUGAGGUUGCACACACUUCAAGUGGACCGCAGGGAAAUUGCCUGCCUGAAGUUCAUCGUCCUCUUCAACCCCAAUGUAAAGAUGCUGGAGAACCAGGCCUUUGUGGAGGGGGUCCAGGAGCAGGUGAAUGGAGCUCUUCUGGAGUAUACCUUGACAACCUACCCUCAGUUCCAAGAAAAGUUCAGCCAAUUGUUGGUUCCUUUGACAGAGGUGCGCUCCCUCAGCAUGCAGGCCGAGGACUACCUGUGCUACAUGAACCUGAGUGGUGAGGUGCCCUGUAACAAUCUGCUCAUUGAAAUGCUGCACGCCAAACGGGCAUGUGUGUGAGGGACAUGCGGGGCAAUGUCACUCUCCCAUUGUCAUUCCAUGCCUAUUUUUGUGUGGCUGAUUCGGUCAGCCACAGUGUGAUAGAGGUGGGAAAACAAAAUGGUUGUAGUGGGAGUAUUUUUCUAACCCAGAGUGUAUUGCAAUCAUUAAGCUCCACAUUUACUAGUACGCUAGGGAUACUCGGGAUUUUGGACGUCAAUGUAAUGUUACAUCAUAGACAACAUGUUGAUUUCCUUUUUUAUAUCUAGUUUCAGUUUUUCUUUUUCUCAGAAAUCUAAAAGUUCUACAGAUGGCGUUGUUGUUAGAAACACAUUUACCUUUUACAAAACAGUGACUUUCCUGAACUUAAUGGUUGUCUUCAGAGUGAAGGUCUUAAGAACAGAAGAGUACUAGUUAGAUUUGGCAGAAUGCAAUUUAAUUUUAUGGCUUAAUUCUCCAAGAGUCUCAGUAAUAUAACGUGAUGUGUGAUCAGUGUCAGUCACUAUUGUAUGUUUGUUGUCUAAAUAGAUUUGAGUCUUAUUGGUAAUCAAAGUCAGAGGUCCUCAACCACUGGGCCACAGACCGGCACCAGGCCACUGGUUAUUUAGUAUUUCACUACAAGGAGAAAAAAAAAGUAUUUGUCUUUCAUUGAUUGAUUUAAUCUGUUUUAGUUAAUUAAUCUCAGCUAAUUACGUAUGCCUUUUGAUGCAUGCCAAUAAAGGUCUUUGGAGAGAUUCUUCAAAACAGGGGAAAAUCCUUCACAGGUGAAUUUAUGUUACAAAUUUGCUAUGCAUAAUAUUUGGUAUUCAAAUUUAUGGUAAAAUUUUACUUUAAUGCACUUUAUAUUUGUGUUAAUAUCAGCCGGUUUAUUUUAUUUAGUCCAAUUCAUUUAAGUCCUAUCUUGAUGAUCAGUCUGUGGUCUUUCAUUAAGUCAGGCUGUGUGGUCAAAAGGUUGGAGACCUUUGAUCAAAGUGACCUUCUGAUUCUGCCUUUGUCUUUGAUUUAGAUUUCUAAAGAUUAGUCUCUGUCUUAAUAUAUUGUAACUAUGGUUUCUUUUUUGGACAUGUGUCAGUACGUGCAAAGUUGUUAAAGUGGCAGACAGACAAUUAUUGAAAGAAACAUAAUGGAUUAGCCUGCAGUCUUAAGAAGAAGCUCCAAACAUGGCUGCUCUUAUAAUUGCAUCCUUUAUGAAAAAUGUCCACUUCAAUGUCACGUUACUGCACCAAUGUUGUCAAAGCCUCAGUGGACAUCAGUGAAAUAUCAAACUGAAGAUUUAUUUUAGAACAGAAGAGAUAACGCAACAUUUCCUCUAAUUUGCAAACAAGGUGAAUCAACAAAACAAUACCUUUUAAAAAAACCACUCCGCUGAUAAUUUCACCAUUCUCUGUUGGUUUUUAUCCACAGUCUUGUCAAAAAGGUUUGACCCAAAAUACUUUUUCCUGCUUCAAAAGAGAUGUUCUUUUUAUUUUUAUACUCGUCUAUAGACACAUUCAGAUCAGAGCAGAGUGUUUCUAAAGCAGUACGUUUGGACAUUAUUCUGACAUUUUAGGAACUGGUAGAAGAUGGUUUUAACCAGACAAAGCUUCACUCUGAAAAUGAAAAUUUAAAUGGUGCAAAAAAAAAAAAAAAAUCAUCGGCAAUUUGAGUUGACACAAUGAAGCCUCUCAGCUUCAUCCCAGUCUCUCUAUAGUGAAAAGUCAAAAUCUAGUCCUAACAAGUAAUAUUUGCUCACACUGCCACAAACAUGGAAAUGCUGCAGUGUUACUACUACAUAAUAAUAAUAAUAACAAGGUUUUUCAUGUUUUUUUUCACUGUAAUCUGGAUGAUAACCGUCUUGUGUAGGUUUUUUCACCUGUGGUGUUUCACUAAUAUGCCAUGGCAUUUUUAGCAGAGUGACAGAUAAAACAGGCUGAUUUAUAAAACGGGGGAGGUGACAAAGGAGGGAGAAAAGGGGGAAAAAGGUUAGAAAAUAUGUAAAUAGAGGGGACUAAGAGCAGAAAUCCAUUGAUGUGAUUAGAAGUAGAUUAAUCAACAGUAUCAAAUAUGUUUAGUGAUGUUACUGAUGAAUAAUUAUAAUGACAAUACUUAUGAGAACUAUAUCAGUGUCUGCAUCAAGUCCUGCAAUUACAUCGACUGUAACUGCAGGACUUGAUGAGUGUAAACAGUGAGAGAGAAAAAGCACCGACUGAUGAAGAGCCAUUAUUAUGAUGACGAUGUAGUUUCAUGUCUGUCAGUCAAUACAGACAGAGGGAGAACAAGGGUUGAUCGCACAGUGGGAGUUUCCCCAGGAGCCUAUUCGUUGAACUCUCCACUUUGUUUGGACAAUGUUUAAAGAGAGAAAUAUUGAAUGAAAAUUAAAUGAAAUUACAAUUAGAAAACAUUGCAUUGAACUUGAUUCCAACAGUCUUGGUGAGUAGGGAUUGAAUUGACUAAAUUACUUUGACGUUGCUUUUUCUUUCUCUCUAACUGUGUUUACAUUACAUAACAUCAUUUACAGCUGCAAACUAAUUUUACUUUUUUUGAGAUGUUGCAUCUUUUGUUGUUUUAUUGUCCUUCUUGUUCUACUUCUCCUUCCUUUGAUUCUUCUUCAUAGUCUCUGUCUGACACUCCUUCCUAAUGAGGAGCCUGAGUGCACUUGCCCUGUUCCUAUUGUAUUUAAUCACUUACCUAUACAAAAUAAUAUAUAACUUUCUUCUGUUGUGUGCUGCUUCUCUCACCAUAACAAAUUAAAGCACUCAUCUAAGGCUAGCCUUGACCUCAGCUCUGAAAUCAUACGCUUUCUUUAUGAUUUAUACAUUUGGUUUAACGGCGAAUAACAUCUCAUGGCCAUACUGCACCAACUGCCCAAAUCCUUACAAACAUCAAAGAUUGAAUUUUGUCAAGACAUAAUUGUUUUGGUGACAGCAAAUGCUAACGAGCUCUAAUAACUUUUUUUGACGGCUAGAAGAUUCCAAAGAGUCCAGCUUAAAAUGGAGCCUUUUAAAUCCCAAGAUUUCCCAUGCUGUAAACGUGUUUACACAACCAAUCUUAAGGCCCCAUAUGAGUCUGCAUCACAGUAUUUAGAAGUCAGUGUUAGCACUACAAUAAAAUGUACUAUUGGUGUGCUUUGGUCCCACCUUGGUGAAACAUUUAUGACCUCUGUUCUUGUUUUUUUUUUUGUUUUUUGUUUUUUUACACAGACUACCAUCCAUUCCAUCUACCUAAAAUUGUUGUCUGUCUUUGACAUACAUGUGCAUUUCUAGGUCACAGGGCUGCGUACUGUGUAUUUAUGUUGUGAAAUGAAUAUCUAAAGUCAAGAAACAUUUCAAACCCCAACUAAGAUUUUUUAUUAGGGGGUUAAAGGUCAAAAUGCUACUGUGGUGAAUUGUUUUUCCUUGAGCUAACAGUCUGUUUAAACUUAGUUGUGAUGUGCAAAAGAAGCAGCCAAACUUCUUAUUUCUUUAUCUAUAUUUUGUUGUUUUAGCAUUAAACCAAUAAAACUCAGUGGAAAAGAAA